GGAGUUCUCCUCACCCCCACGUGAGACACUCCUUUAAGCCAAACACCACUGGAGUUACAUACGCAGAUAUGCUUAGAGACCAGAUGGCGAUAGCGGUCCCGAAGCAGCAAAUCCCUUUCGCCAGAUCUAAUUAGGGUUUUAACGGUGAAGUAGGGGCGCGCUAAUGGAGACUUUGAUAAAUGCUGCGAUCCCUUGGGCCUUCGGUUUUCCAAAAUUCAACACAUCCAAUAAACACCGUGUUAAACCUCGAACAGUUCGUUGCUUGAGGAAGAAUGAUGAGGUCAAUGGCUUAUUCGAAGCACCUUCACAAAUGGACUUAGAGGGUCAUGCUCAUAUGAAAAUGUCCCAAUCACCAGAGAGCGAUCCGGAUACAAAACAUAAUGAAAUUUGGCAACUCUUUAGAGAAGCUCAGAGGAAUAUUCUGUACUUAAAUAAACAACGCCUGAUGGCUGUGGAGGAGCUGAAAAAGGCUAAAACGGAGAAGGAAAUGUUGCUUGAUAGGAUACAAAAAUUGGAGGAAAACCAAGCUGAUGCCGGAAAAGAUAAGCUAUCAAUUCUCUGGGAUUUGCUGCUUCGUAUAGACUCGAUGGUCCUCAAAGGCAUGAUUGACACUGGAGAGGCAUCUGAUUUCAGAAGGCUGGUCAUGAACUCUAAUGCCAUUGUAGCUGAUGUUUUCUUUGACAUCAUGCAGAGAAAAGAUGUGGAACUUCUGGCAGAACUACGCCACUUCUCAGACAAGAACAAAAGGAAUGGUUUUCACAUUGUCCACAUAUGCACUGAAAUGGUACCUGUGGUCUCUGUUGGAUCUUUGGCAUCUUAUGUGACUGGUUUGUCUCAUGCACUUCAAAGACAGGGCAACUUGGUGGAGGUUAUUUUACCAAAGUAUGCAAGCCUAGACCUAGAUGAAGUUCAAGGAUUACGAGAAAUUGAUGCGGAGUUCUAUUCAUAUUUUAAUGGUCAAUUGCAGGGAAACAGAAUUUGGACAGGAGUUGUCUAUGGAAUUGGAGUUACUUUUAUUCAACCUGUGCACUAUUCAACCUUUUUUACCCGUGAGAGGUUAUAUGGCUAUCCAGAUGAUUUUGAACGAUUUAGCUAUUUCUCCCGUGCUUCGUUGGAUUAUAUAGUAAAAUCAGGAAAGCAGCCUGAUGUGUUACAUAUACACAACUGGGAGACUGCUAUUGUUGGACCACUUUUCUGGGAUGUUUUUGUUAAACAGGGACUAGGAGGUACUAGAAUAAUGUUAACAUGCCAUGACUUUGGUUCUCAGUGUCUUGAGCAACCUGAUAAGCUUGCACUUUGUGGACUUGAUUCUUCUAGGCUCCACCGCUCUGAUCGUUUGCAAGAUAACACUAAGGGCCAUCUUGCCAACAUUUUGAAGGGUGGAGUUGUUUACUCCAAUAACGUUGUCAUAAUGUCAUCCAUGCAUUCAAAAGCGAGUAUUAUUCACAGUUUGAGUCAUGGGUUGGAAUCCACUUUCACCAUCCACAAGGACAAGUUGCUAAUUGCUCCUUACGGAUUUGACAAGUUCACCUGGGAUCCUUCCAGGGACAAGUUUCUUCCAGAAAACUAUACUGCAGAUAAUAUGAAGGGGAAAGCUGUUUGCAAGGUCGCAUUGCAGCAGCACUUGGGUUUAACUGAGCAUGCUUCUGUCAUUCUUCAGGUCGGAUGCAUUUUCUCUGAAGUUUCAGAUGUUGAUCUGGAGAACCUGAAGGAAGUUGUCUUGAUUGCUUCCAGGAGGGAUGUUCAGUUUGUAUUCACAAGGCUUAGCAAAGUACCAAGCAAAAACACGUCUCUGGAUUCUUUUCUGGAAGAAAUCAAGGAUGAAAAUGUGAGAUUUAUAGACAAAUGCGAUGAAGCUUUGUCACAUUUAAUCUUUGCAGGAUCUGACAUCAUCUUAUGCCCAUCUUUUCAUGAUCCAAUGCUCCAAGUGCCGCUCAAAGCUAUGAGGUAUGGUGCUGCUCCUAUUGCAAUAACUUCCAUUGGUAAAAGAUUCAGGCAUGUUGUGGACCAUGACUUCCAGAGCACUAAAUUAUCUCAGUUCCUGAAUACAACCUUUGCAUAUAUGUCACCGAAUGAAGCCCUAGAUGAAAUUAAGAGUAAUUCCAUGCAGUGGAAUCAGAAGAUAAUGGAUGCUAUGACAAAAGACUUCUCAUGGGAUGCAGAGUGCUAUGACAUACAUAUUUCUGCUUACACAGCCCUAAAGAACUUGUGAACUACGUGUUUAUUACAUUUAUAUGUGUAUAUAUUAGACACGUUUGACUUGUGUAGGCAAAUAGCUAUUAGUAUGGUUAGAGUUUUCAUCUUUUAGUUCUUUAAAUAAGUUCAGCUUUUGGACAUUGCAGAUGGGUUAUCAAUCAAGAUGGACCCUGUUUGUUAACCUUUUUUUUACCAUAAAAAUCAUAUACUUGCAU